ACCGGCGGAAGUAGGAAAGUCCAAAAUUGCUUUCUCACCUCCGUUGACUGCUUCUAUAAAUUAAACAAAACAUUUUAUUGUUGCUGUAAAUUUGUUAUUCGUUAAACCUAUAAAAUGGCAGCCACGAUGAGCAUAACUUCUGCUGCCGGGGUGAUAUCUCUUCUGGAUGAACCUGAGCCACAUCUAAAAACAUUUGCUCUAAAUAAGUUAGACAACAUUGUUGAUGUCUUUUGGGCUGAAAUUUCAGAGAAUGUUGACAAAAUUGAAGUUCUUUAUGAGGAUGCCAGUUUCAUAUCCCACCAGCUCGCAGCCUUAGUGGCUUCUAAAGUUUACUACCACUUGGGAGCAUUUGAGGAAUCUUUAACCUUUGCCCUCGGCGCUGGACCCCUUUUCAAUGUAAAUGAUACAUCAGAAUUUGUUGAAACCAUCAUUUCUAAAUGUAUUGACCAUUACACUAAAAUGAGAGUUCACAAUGCAGAAGUUACUAAUGAAGCUGAUAAAAAGGAGAUUGAUCCAAGACUAGAAGCUGUUGUAAAUAGAAUGUUUCAGCGGUGCCUUGAUGACAAACAGUUCAAGCAGGCGGUGGGCAUAGCCCUGGAAACAAGAAGAAUAGACAUCUUUGAGAAGGCCAUCACUCUGGCUGAUGACGUACCCAGCAUGCUGUCCUAUGCCUUCAAAGUCUGCAUGUCUUUGAUACAAAGUCGCCACUUCCGCAAUACCAUCCUUCGUGUUUUAACCAAUCUGUACAUGGGACUUGGUACCCCAGACUACAUCAAUGUUUGCCAGUGCUACAUCUUUUUGGAUGAUGCUCAGGCUGUUGCCCAUAUCCUAGUGCAGCUCACCAAGGGAAAUGAGGACAGUGUGCUCAUGGCCUAUCAGAUUGGGUUUGAUCUGUAUGAAAGUGCAACCCAGCAGUUCCUUCAGCGCGUGCAGGCAGCCCUGCGGGUUGCCGCCCCUGCUCCAAUAUCUGCCCCUCCUGCUAUGAAUACAAAGAAGCCAAGCAGCAGCACAGAGCUGAAAGAGACAGAGACCCCAAUGGAGACUGACGAGAGUAGCGUGAGCCCAGAUCCUAAGCCAGUGAAAGAUUUGAGCACUUUGACUGAAGAUGAAAAGCGUCAACAGGAGCGCAUUGAACGCUUGCACACAAUUCUAGGAGGGGAGACUAGUAUUUUUCUCCGCCUCCAAUUUUUAAUUAAAAACAACAAAACAGAUAUGCUAAUCUUAAAGAAUACCAAGGACGGUGUCCGUAACUCUGUGUGCCACACUGCUACUGUCAUUGCCAACUCAUUCAUGCACUGUGGAACAACAUCUGACCAGUUUUUGAGAGACAACCUCGAAUGGCUGGCAAGAGCCACAAACUGGGCCAAAUUCUCGGCCACGGCCAGCCUGGGGGUCAUCCAUAAGGGCCAUGAGAAGGAAGCUCUAAAUUUGAUGUCACAGUAUCUGCCUAAAGAUAUGGGGCCAGGGUCAUCAUACUCUGAGGGUGGAGGGCUGUAUGCUCUAGGUCUGAUCCAUGCAAACCAUGGAGGGGAGAUAACUGACUAUCUCCUAAACCAGCUGAAAGAAGCUUCCACUGACAUGGUCCGCCACGGUGGGUGUCUGGGGUUGGGGUUGGCUGCCAUGGGAUCAGCCAGGCAUGACAUCUACGAGCAGCUCAAGUUCAACCUGUUUCAAGAUGAUGCUGUAACAGGAGAAGCAGCUGGUCUAGCUAUGGGCCUGGUCAUGUUAGGCACCAAGUCCUCUACGGCUAUCACUGAUAUGGUGCAGUAUGCCCAGGAAACCCAGCAUGAGAAAAUCCUUAGAGGCUUAGCUGUUGGCAUAGCCCUCACUAUGUAUGGUCGCCUGGAAGAGGCUGACGCGCUGAUCGAGUCACUUAUGAGGGAUAAAGAUCCCAUCCUGCGUUGGUCAGGCAUGUACACCCUGGCCAUGGCCUACUGCGGGACUGGAAACAACCAGGCCAUUCGCAGACUGCUGCAUGUCGCUGUGAGUGAUGUCAAUGAUGAUGUACGCAGGGUAGCCGUCACCUGCCUGGGUUUCCUCCUGUACAGAACCCCAGAGCAGUGCCCCAGUGUUGUGUCCCUUCUGUCUGAGAGCUACAAUCCUCAUGUUCGUUUUGGUGCUGCCAUGGCCCUGGGUAUUGCUUGUGCUGGCACUGGCUUAAAGGAUGCUAUUGGACUUCUUGAGCCCAUGACCAAUGAUCCUAUUAAUUAUGUCCGCCAAGGAGCACUUAUUGCAUCAGCUCUUAUCCUGAUCCAGCAUAACGAGUCUACCUGCCCUAAAGUAACCCACUUCCGUCAACUGUAUGCUAAAGUUAUUGCGGAUAAACACGAGGAUGUCAUGGCCAAAUUUGGUUCCAUUCUGGCCCAGGGUAUCAUAGAUGCUGGCGGCCGCAACUGCACAGUUUCGUUGCUGUCUCGUACAGGCCACACCAACAUGGAAGCAGUGGUGGGUAUGUUGGUCUUCUGUCAGCAUUGGUUUUGGUACCCACUCACCCACUUCCUCUCACUUGCGUUUAAACCAUCUUGCAUUAUUGGACUGAAUAUUGAUCUCAAGAUGCCUAAGGUUGAGUUCAAAUCCAACGCCAAGCCAUCCAUGUUUGCCUACCCACCAGUUCUUGAAGAAAAGAAGGAUAAAGCCAAGGAAAAGGUAGAAACAGCAGUUUUAUCCAUCACAGCCAAACAGAAGAAGAAAGAUUUAGAGAAGAAGAAAGACUCUCAGACCAGUGUUGAUAGCAUGGAUGUUGAUGAAGUUUCAUCUAAAAAGGAGCCUGCUGGGAAAGAUAAAAAAGAUAAAAAGAAGGAAGCCACAUCCUCAGAUAAAAACAAAAAUGCAGGAGAGGACGAAUCAUCAGAAUCUCUGCUCACAGAAUCUAUCACAGAAAAGAAAGAACCAGAACCAACUUUUGAGAUUCUCUCCAACCCAGCCAGGGUUAUGAAGGCCCAGCUGAAGGUCCUGACACUGGACACCCUCAGGUACUCUGUGGUGAAAGACUUGUCCCACGGUGGCAUCAUCAUGCUGAAGAACAGCAAGCCAGGGGAGCAGGAGGACAUUGUGGAGACAGUGCAGGCGGGCGGCCCUAAGGCUGAGGAGGAAGAGGAAGAACCUGAACCCCCAGAGGCAUUUGAGUGGACAGAGGAUUAGGUGCUUGGGGUGUUUAGUUUUACAGUUUUGGUUUUAUUUUCAAGCAUACAUCCCUGUUGGGCUCAUAUCAUGUCCAUUGAAUAUUUUGUUUACAUUAUGGCUGUUUUGGAGACAAUAAAACUACAGGCAAUUGAUUGGUCUUGUGCUCAGCUUCUGUUGGUUGCUUAUAAGGUUCUGAGAAAAUUGUAUUUAUUUCAAACUUUUAAUUCUGUCAUACUAGUUGUAGAUCCUCAGUACUGGGUCUAAGUGUAUGUCAGCCUCUAGGGGUAGGCUGUGACUACAUCUAGAGUGGAGAUGAUCUAUCCUUCCUAUUUCAGAUGAUCUAAAGCUGUCAUUUAUUUUAGUAUUGUUUUCAUUCAGUCUCAUUGUUUUUGUUGAAUACCAACAUUUUGUCCCUAGAAUGGGUUGUAGUUGUGCUACCAUCUUAAUGAGGAUUAUACCUAUUUGUUGUUUAUACUAUGUAUGCUCUUCUCAUUUUUUUUUAAAAACCUGAAUAUUCAAACAUGUCUUAGUAGAAUUGUAUGAGGUCAGCCUCUUUUGUCAUACAUUGCUUAAGACAAAACUCAAGUCAAUUUACCAGAAUGUUUAUUGAUUGUAUUAAAAAAGAUUAAAAAGCAAA